AAUCUAUGUGAUUUUUGCCUAAAUUUUAUUUUUCUCAUUGGUUGAAAAAAAGGCGCCAAUGAAAAAAAUAAAAUUUAGGCAAAAAUCACGUAGAUUAUGUCGACGCCAGAAAAGAAGUCAAAGUAUAAUUAUAAGGAACCCGCUGUCGGAUUCACUGAAAAUUUUUGCACAUAGCGCCCAAUUUUUACCUAAUUUGGUGCUGCGCGGCAAAAGUACCUAAUUUUCUAAUGGAGAAGGUAAAAGUUAAAUUUCUGCGUCAAACUUCACUCGGGAACGAUGGAAAGUGUUUUUCCUUAUACAAGUUCAUGUUCUCUCUCGAACUACACUAGAAUCAACUCUUCAUAUCAAAAACUGAAGUUUUUAUUGAAAUUUUAAAAGUAGCGCAGAAAACCCGAAAAAAAUUCAAAAUUUUUUUUUAUCAAACACUACAAAUCCGGAAAUCGAAAGCUUUGUUGAGACAUAUACUCCGAAGUGUCCUGUACAAACGGGUGGGGGACCCCCUUAACUAUUAGGCGAAGUACAAUUAGCCAUAUACUCAAUGAAUUUGGUAUGGUUAGUUAUAUUGCACCGAGAAAACCAAAAAUUAAUCGUGCACAAAGAAGAAAGCGGUUGAUUUGGUGUUGGCAACAUCUACAAUGGUCGGGAAAAGGUUGAUCAAGAGUAAUUUUUAGUGAUGAAAGUAAUUUUUAAUUGCUGAAUCGGAAGAAUAGAAUUUAUAUACGUCGUUAUCGACACGAUAAACAUCCUUUUAAACGAUCGCAAUCGCGUACACAUAAAGAUGGCGGUUUAGGUGUAUGGGGAUGUUUAACAAAUUAUGGAUUAAGUAAUUUAGUUUUCUUUCAUGGUCCGAUUAAUUCAUCUAAAUAUAUUCGGAUACUCGACAUGAAUUUACCGUCAGCAUUUAAACAAUUUUCCACACAUUGUCGUCGUGACAAAAUAUUCCAACAAGAUAAUGCACGGCCACAUGUAUCAGCAAAAACACAACAAUAUUUAAAAAAAAUGAAUAUAUGUAUUCCAAUGGCAAUCAUCUUCGCCGGAUUUAAGCUUAAUUGA